AUGUAUUAUGAACUUUUCGCCAUUGCCCGUAUAACGGACCCUUUACAUGUGACCAAAGAAGCUACAAAAAUUGCAUCCACAGUUGGCAAAUUGAUAUUAAACAAUAGAGGUAUAGUUAGGGAUAUAACGAGUCUCGGUGCCAAACCGUUGCCCAAGAUCAUAUCAAAGGAGCAGGAAAGACAUUUCCAGGGAUACCACUUUCUUAUGGGGUUUGAUUCGUCGAGCAAAGUGCAGGCGCAGUUGUUGAGAACGUUGAGAAAAGAUCCGAGGAUAUUGCGUGCUAGUAUAAUAAGGCAUGAUUUGAAAAAGAGUUUGAAUCCAGGCUCAUCGAUAGAUCAAGCAUUGGAAAUCAAUUAG